UUCAACAGGCAAAGGCAAUUUCAUGUCGUUUACCAGUUUGGUUGUGUGAUUUUAUGGUGGAAUUAAACAUGGAUUUAAUUAUAAAGUUUUUGUUACUGGGAGUUCUAUCGGUGGCUGGUCAAGAUUACAAUCAGGAGGCUAUGAUGGAAAUAUUUGGGGUACCGCCGCCAUUACCGGGCACCAAUGACACAUGUACGCUACAAAGUGGUGGUGAAGGACGAUGUAUGCCGCGUCAUUUAUGUGAUGAUACCACUUUCAACAAAACUAUUACAGUUCGAGUACAUCAAGAGUGUCAGUUUAUUCUGGACAAAUGCUGUCCUAUUAUCAAAGAAGAUGAAACCCCCGAUUUAGAUUACCCCUAUGAUGAGGUAGACGUGAGUUGCGGUAUGCGUAAUCCAAAUGGGAUAUCGAUGCGUAUUUUGAGCGAUGAUAAUAGCGAGGCGAAGUUUGCUGAAUUUCCCUGGAUAGUCGCAGUCCUUUUGAAAGAGCAACGAAAACAUGGUAAAUUUGAAAUCACAUACAAGGGCGCCGGUUCCAUCAUACACCCAGAAGUAGUCUUGACCGCCGCCCACAUCACUGGCGGUGCCAUGAGGGUUAGAGCUGGUGAAUGGGAUUCAAAUACCAAUGAUGAGCAGUUCGUCCAUGAGGAUGUUGAUGUUGGGGAGAUUGUGGUGCAUGAGCGAUAUACACCGCAAAGGAAGAACAUGCACUACGAUAUAGCUUUGCUCAUCCUAUUAUGGCCUUUAACACUGUCACACCACGUUGGAUUUGUCUGUUUGCCCCCUCCGGGGACAGCAAGGACCCCCGCAGAAACGAGAUGCUUGGCCGCCGGCUGGGGAAAGGACACGUUUGGGAAAUAUCAAAAUAAAUUAAAAAAGGCGGAGUUACCAGUGGUAGAUCGAAGAUCUUGUAAAUCUUUACUGCGACAGACACGUCUGGGACGUCAUUUCAAACUUCAUCGGAGUUUUAUGUGUGCUGCAGCCGAAGCAGGCAGAGAUACUUGUAAAGGAGACGGGGGAACACCUCUUGUUUGUCCGAUGCCGGAUGAAAGUGACCGAUACGUGCAAAAUGGUAUUGUAUCGUGGGGCAUCGGUUGUGGUGAAAAAGAUGUACCAUCCGUCUACACUGAUGUCACCUUUCUUCGGCCAUGGAUAGAUGCUCAGAUGAAAGCUCGAAACUUUGUAACUUCUUUUUAUACCUAUUAGACAAUUGUAUACUCGCCUCUAACGCCUAGUAUGCAUUCUGUCCCGCUCUAACGAGCGUUGACCGCACCUAU